AGUUGCUGCUUGUGGCGCUCCGUCGAUUUUUAAGGAUUGUGAAAGGCGAAUGGCUGCUGACUGACUUCGGACUUGAGAACCACCAGAAAAAGACAGGUUUCAGAUAAAUUUUUCGUGGUAAUAACGGAGUAAUUCCUCAUUGGUUACGACUGAAGAAAUUAAAUUAUUGAUUGGCUGAGAACCCAAUGGUGAUUGAAUUUGACAACCAUGGCGUCAGAUUCUGCAAUGCCCAAUCCCAGCUCUCGGAUAAUGACUUUUUAUCCUACAAUAGACGAGUUCAAAAAUUUCAACCGUUAUGUUGCUUAUAUAGAAUCACAAGGAGCCCACCGUGCUGGACUUGCAAAGGUUGUCCCUCCAAAAGAAUGGAAGCCUUGUAAAAGCUAUGAUGACAUUGAUGACCUGGUGAUUCCAGCCCCUAUUCAACAGGUGGUGACAGGCCAGUCAGGCCUCUUCACACAGUACAACAUCCAGAAGAAGCCAAUCACUGUACGCGAAUUCCGAAAAAUUGCUAACAGUGAUAAAUACUGCACCCCACGCUAUUCAGACUUUGAUGAUCUGGAGCGCAAGUAUUGGAAAAAUCUCACAUUUAACCCACCAAUCUAUGGUGCAGAUGUCAAUGGUACAUUGUAUGAUGAGGGUGUGUCUGAAUGGAACAUUGGGCACUUGAACACUAUCCUGGAUGUGGUAGAAAAAGAGAGUGGUAUCACAAUUGAAGGUGUCAAUACACCAUACCUCUAUUUUGGAAUGUGGAAAACCACAUUUGCUUGGCACACUGAGGACAUGGAUCUCUACAGCAUUAACUACCUGCACUUUGGUGAACCCAAGUCCUGGUACACUGUUCCUCCAGAGCAUGGAAAGCGACUGGAACGCCUGGCUAAAGGCUUUUUCCCAGGAAGCGCUCAAAGCUGUGAAGCUUUUCUGCGGCAUAAAAUGACCUUAAUAUCCCCUUCUAUUCUCAAGAAAUAUGGAAUCCCAUUUGAUAGGGUAACUCAGGAGGCAGGAGAGUUUAUGAUCACAUUCCCCUAUGGUUAUCAUGCUGGCUUUAACCAUGGCUUUAACUGUGCUGAAUCAACAAACUUUGCCACACUUCGAUGGAUAGAGUAUGGAAAGCAUGCUGUUCUGUGCUCAUGCCGGAAAGAUAUGGUAAAAAUUUCGAUGGAUGUUUUUGUGCGCAAGUUUCAGCCUGAACGUUACAAGUUGUGGAAAGUAGGAAAAGAUACCAUUUUCAUUGAUCACACACGAGCCACUCCAGAAGCAGUUGAAUUUCUUGGUGAAGAAUUAAACUCUGUAACUGCAAAGAGUUUGAAGGACCAGGAUGCUGAUGCAGCUGAAAUGGAAUUAGAUGACAAAGUUGAGAAAGAAGUAUCCACUCAGCAGGAAGACAGCGAUGAAAGAAGAAGCCCAAUAAAGCAUCGAAUAGGAACAAAGAGACACAAGGUUUGUCUCGAGCUGCCGCAGGAAGUGAGUGACCAUACUGACGUCUUGAAAGAAAAUGAAGAGAGUAAUCCUGUUCCACUAAAUGAGCCUGAAGAUUCCAAAGGGGAACUGAAAGAGGAUGAGAAGGGAUGCGGUCAAGUGGGAAUUGACAGUGCUGAUCUGAUUGUUCCAGAACCUGCUGCAGCACAAGUUGAGCCACACAUUGAAAAUGGUCCACUUGAAGAAAAGCUUACGUUGAAGCGAACCAUGUCCAGUGCAGUGGACACAGCUGUUACUGUGUUAAACUUCUCUCUAGCCGCUCCUUCCCAAAAUACUCCCAUUCCAUUUGUGAAAUCAUUUGAAUCCAGCUCAUCUGAUUCAGAGACUACAAGUACUCAAAGUUCAAGCCAAGAGAGUGCUGCAGAGGACUCUGAUAAUAGCCCAGAUUGGAAUGAAACAGUCAAAACAAAUAUUGGAACUAGUCUCAAUGAACAGGACCUUGCGGAGAUGGCUGAGCAAUACAUGAAAGAAAUGAAAUCCAAGAAGAAGGCCAAGAGUCGGCGUCAGCCUCUUAGUAAACCACCACGGCACCACCCGCUUUCUGUGGUAAAGGACUGCGUUAGCGAUGAAGAAAUGCCAGACUUAUUGUCGGUAGAAGAUGACCCAAUGGAAUCAGAACCAUGGGCAAAGCCUCUUGCUCAUCUGUGGCAAAACCGGCCCCAGAACUUUCUUGCCGAACGAGAAUACAACUGCACAAUGGCACAGCUGAUGCCUUACUGCUCAAUUUGUGCACUCUUCCAGUCAUACCAGGUAGAUUGUCAGGAGAGUCAGGGUACCAGAAACAAAAGCCAACCUUUGGAUGCAGGCAAACCCAGAAACCAAAUAAAAAGCAAGCCAUUGGUUCCAGAAAUGUGCUUCACAUCUGGAAGUGACCAUGUAGACCUAACGCUCCCCACUUCUUAUGUUGACGAAGAUGGAACAAGCAUCCUUGUAACAUGUGCAAAGUGCUGUGUAUGUGUUCAUGCAAGUUGUUAUGGAGUAGCUCCUGAGAAAGCAACUGAUGAUUGGAUCUGUGCAAGGUGUGCAGCUAAUGCUUUAGCAGAAGAUUGUUGUCUAUGUACCCUUCGGGGAGGAGCACUGCAGAAAACCACCGACAACAGGUGGGUUCAUCUACUAUGUGCUGUUGCAGUGCAGGAGGUACGGUUUGUCAGUGUUGCAGAACGCAGCCCUGUGGAUGUCAGCCCAAUACCACCACUACGCUGGAAACUGAAAUGCUUCUACUGUAAGAAACGGAUGAAGAAGACUGGUGGUUGCUGUGUGCAAUGCUCCCACGGCCGUUGUCCGACUUCCUUUCAUGUGACCUGUGCCCAAGCCGCUGGAGUGGUCAUGCAACCUGAUGACUGGCCAUUUGUGGUCUUCAUCACCUGCUGCAGGCACAAGACACCCAACCAAGCAGAGCGUGCCAAAUUAGCUUUGAAUGAUAUUGAAAUUGGGCAGAAGGUCAUCUCGAAGCACAAGAAUGGACGCUUUUACCAGUGUGAGGUGGUGGGAUUGAGUAAAGAAACAUUCUAUGAAGUGAAUUUUGAUGAUGGUUCCUUCAGUGACAAUUUGUAUCCAGAGGACAUUGUGAGCCGGGACUGCCUUCGUUUGGGACCCCCUGAAGGGGGAGAGGUGGUACAAGUCAGAUGGACCGAUGGGCUAGUAUAUGGAGCCCAAUUUGUAGCAUCACAUGUUAUACAGCUCUACCAGGUGGAGUUUGAAGAUGCAUCCCAACUGAUGGUGAAGAGAGAGGAUGUGUACACUCUUAACGAGGAACUCCCCAAAAAAGUCAAGUCCAGGCUGUCUGUCGCAUCAGACAUGCGCUUCACUGGAAUUUUUGCAGAAGAAGAGGUUGCACCUGUGUCAAAGCGACAGCGAGUUUUGAACUCCAGGUAUCGCGGGGACUAUGUUGAGCCAUCUCUGUACCGUGCAAUUAUGGAAUAAAAUGACUGUCAUUACAGAAACUGUUCAGAACUUCACCUAUGGAAGCCAUUGGGACAGAUUGGUUUUCAUAUCUGGUUCUAUUGUAGAUACAUGAAAGCAGUUGAGGCGCAAGCUGAGUUCUAAUCCCUCUAGCAACAAAACUACUCUUCAUCACCAAGGGUACCUCAUUAACAACACUCCCAUGGAAUCAAAAUAUCGAAUAUCUUGGGAUUUCAACAAAGCUGUUUUCAAGCAUUCUUUGGUCUUGCUUCGGACUCCUGCUGCAUUGUAAAGUGCAGACUAAUCUGGAUCAUGGAAUGCCUUUAAGGGAGUCUUCAGUGGGCUAGAAAUAGGAUUGCAAAAAAUAUCUUUGGGUUAGAUUUUGACACUAACAUCCAUGUUCAGAAUGAGAAAUGCAUUUAUGUUUUAAUAUUGCUGGUCUCUCUUUGGUAAAUUUCAUUAACAUCUGCAUUAGACUAUCAAAUGAAACCUAUUGCAUACUGGUCUGUUGAACACAAUGUACUAACUUAUUGUACAGUAAGAUUGAUUGACGCAUGGCUCUUCAUAGACAUAGAAGCAUUCCCUCAGUACACAGGCUAUGAAGUUCUGGAAGGUGUGAAUGGGUUUUCACGAUAUCCAGUCAUUAGCCCAAAACCAGGGCCAUCACCGGUGCUUGGAGUUAAAACUCUUAUCUGUAUUUAUAGGGAUGUCUUAAGACUAUAGGUUGGCUCAAAUGAUUAGACACAAGGUUUUUUAAAAGUUUUUUUUCCCUGCUAAAUAUAGCAGUUUAUUCAGUGUUUGCAAUGGAAGUAAAUAGAAUAUUGAGUCCCUUGAAUGGCUAAGUAUUAGUGAUUAAGUAGCACAUGAUUUAUUAAAGGCCAAAUAUAUUUGAAAAGUGAAAGAAAAUAAAACUGUUCCCAUUUUCCCUGCCCCCACUACCAACUCAAACUUCACCCUUCCAAAUGUGUGCCGAUCUAAUGUGAACCUCAUGUACCAGAUGGACUUCUGUGCUGUUUUUACCUGUGCCACAAAUUAUAUUUGUUUAUUCAAUCAAUUAUUAAAUUUUAUUCCAAUAUUCUUAAACUUAAUUGCAAUGUAAAAUGUUCCUUUCAAUUUCUUUAUUGGUUUGGUGUAGACUGUAGAAACAGACAUUGGACAAAAAUGCCACAAAAGGUUACUGAUCAAGAUUGAAGCCAUGAUUGAGUUUUCAUCUGGGCCUGAUUUAUUUUCAUAAUGUAAAGUUGUUUGCAAAGGUUGAACCAGCUACAAAUUAAUGCAGUAGACUAUUUGGGAGUUGACUAGUUUUGUAUAUUUAUUUGGUUCAAUCAGUGCCAUCUGUUGCUGUUGGUUUAGCUUGGGGGAAUAAUAGAACUGAACAGCCUGAUGUUAUUUUAAAAAAGUAGGUGGUGAAUUUAAGAGCAAGAUGGAAAGAACCACAAAACACAUCCCAGUUGCUAAUUGCAUGUGUUCUGAAAGUCUUGUUGCGCCUUAAACUGAAAGGAGAGUGCACCAGUGAGAAUCUUAGGCUGCUUUCUUUUCUUAUUUUUAAGGGAAUUAGAAGUACCUUUGAAAGCCCUUUUGAGUCUGUGAACAAAAGGGAAAUUUGUAUCUAAAUUUACUUGACUGAGGAAAAGAAUGCAGUGAUGAUUAUAGCCAUAUAAUGUAGUUAGCCGGUAUAACUCUGAUACUUUCAUUUCCUUCUCCAGGGAACAGUAAGCUUAAACUUUCUAAACUACUUUUUUUUUUACCUUGGUUCUGCAAUUUUCUAGUAGCAUCCGGUUUGUGUUUUUGCCCCUUCAGCUUAAUUUCCCUGUUUUAGAAAAAAAAUCCCCCUCAGUCUAAUCCCCCUCCCCCCUCUGGUUGGACCUGAAUUGCUAUGUGCAGUUUGGGAAUCUUAAUUAAAUCCAAACAGUGGGGUUAGAAAUGCUGUGGAAAUGCUUUGCCGUUUUCCAUUUUGUCGCGAGCUAUUACUCCAAAGCAUUUUGUUGGUUUCUGGAAAAUCCACCAAACUGAGAUUGGGCCAUUAAGCUAAUAAACCCAAAUGUUGUUCAUCAUUUGGAUAAAUGAGAGCUCAAUUUUUCAACUUCAAUUUCCUUCCUUGGAGCUAAUCACUGUGUUGAUCAUCUUCAUCCAAUCAGUUGCCCUCAGUAGACACUUAUUGUCAGCAGUUUUAAACUUGUUGCUACCCGAUUUCGAUUCCUUCUGAUGGCAUUAAUGCUGAACCACCUAAUCACAGUUGGUCUGGAUUGAUAAAACUCCAUAUCUCUAAUGCAAUUGGACCUUAAAUGGCAAUGGUAAUUUUUCCAAUACUUAAGCAAACUUAUUUGCAAUAUUUUCUCAUCUCCACAAAUUGAACUUCCUUUAUUGCACCUUGAGAAAAAUCUAACCUCUAACCUUGCUUGAUUCCCAUGAGCUUUUUGAUUGUAUCCUCCAGUCAUAAGUUCACUGAUACGAAUUAGCUUGUUUAUUUCAAUCUCCCUUACUACUUUCAUUAUCUAAUUUUAAAGCAUUAUCUCAAUGCAUCUCUUCCCAGUGAAAUGACUUAAUAACCUUGAGAUUUCCUUCCUAGCUCAGAAUAAAUAAGAGUUGAUGCUGUUUAAGAUAUGAUCUAGUUAUACCUAGAAUGUUGUAUUUACUGUUGCAAUUUCUAAAUAUGCGGUCUGAGAGUUCAAUGAUGCCAAAUCUUGUUUUCGUGUGUUAAUUUGGAAACAAGAAGGUUACCUAUUGGCUUGUGUGUAUUUUCAUUUUAUUCUUCAACCUCUGCUUUACAAGUGAUCACCAUCGUCGGAUUGAUUCUUCCUUCAGAGAUGGUGAAAGAGUAGUUCAUCUCUAUAACUUGAUGCUGCAACUAUGUGAAAGUGAUCUAUAAAAACUGAUUGGCAGUGGGUGAGGGAUAAGUAAUUUCUCAAGACCGAUUUAACAGCUCUUUAUAUUUCUUGGCUAUAAGCACUGUUCUUUUUGAAUUAACCAGAUUUGUGGAAUAACAUUUUUGUGUUGCAUCUCCACAGCAAAAAAAAAAUCCACCUUUAAAAACCCUUAUGGAACAGUUUCUCACUCCCCAUCCCUAAUCCAUUAAAUGAACAGUUCUUGAAAUCAUUGUGUCUAAUCUGAGAGACCUACAGUCUACACUACAACCACCUCAGGAGUCUGUACAUUAAUUGAUUGUAUUGAUCUAUGAAAAAUGACUGUAUUAGUUCAAGCAAACAUGAAGUUUAAAUGGCUUGCUGUGAUUGUUUAGGAAAAUAAGACAGGUUGAAAUGAUUUGCAGUCAAUAAAUGUGUUUUUUUUUUUGUCUUUGA